AUGUCUCUUGCCGACGCCCUUCCCCCUUCCCUCAAUCUCCCCCCCCAUCUCUCUGCACACAAGUACUUCCUUGUCUGCACUCUUACCGUCGCAGCGUGGGAUACCCUUGUUCUCUCUCCAAGGACUUGGCGUCUGCUUCGACAACCAGGAUGGCCAACUCUUAAAAUUCUCUUUCAUUUCAUGCGUAUUUUCAUGCCUGCCGAAUUUAUUGUCGUUGCGGUUGCUUUCUUCGAUACCAAGUGGUCACAGGAUACCUGCCGGAAAUUCUAUCUCUUUGAGCCCAUCUGCACCGCUAUUCUCCUUGCUGCCGCCUCCAUGGUCCAUGUCAUUAGGAUCCAUGCCAUUUAUGACAAGAAUCGCUCAAUUCUCGCUGUAAUGUCCACACUCUUUGCCGUCCAAGUUGUCAUAACCGCCAUCUGUUGCGGUUUCUACCGAACUGUCCCUCUCCUUGUCGGCCAGGGAUGCAUCGCUGGACCUCAACAUAAUUGGGUUGGAAUCUACUGGGUAGCGCCCACACUCCUCUACAGUGUUUCUUUCGGUCUCGCCCUCAUGCGCUCCAUCGAUUCUCUGCAAACCAAACCCCUGAGCCCGUGGAAACUGAUGCUUCGUGAUGGCUUGAACCUCUACGGCGCCAUUUGGAUCGUCAACAUGGCCAACAUGCUCUUCUGGUUUGUCAUGAAGCCAACCGACAACAAGGAUCCCGUCAAAACUAUUGUCACAAGCAUGGCUGCCGUUCUCACGACUUCAAUGACACUCCGGAUCAUUCUCUCCGUUCGUGGAUCCUUGGACCACGGUGGUUCAUUCGCACUCUCCGCUUCCUCCGGCGGAACCUCCUCACGCACGACUCACGUUAUCUCCGGGCGUUCGGGCCAUCCCACGAACAUUUCCACUACCAACCCACACACGUAUACCCUCGACGACAUGCAGUCGAAGCCCGAGGGCGAGUGGGGCGUCGUCGACGCCGACGCCAAGUCGAGCGUCAACGAUACGGAGAAUAAAGGUCCCGUGGGUGGGCUCGUGGGUAGCCCGGAGGACAGAGAUACCCUCUCACCUGGCGUGGGUGUCAAGAUUACGAUUGAUCGGGAGACCUACAUCAAUGUAAAACUUGCUCUUGAUGACCUCCUAAAUGUCUCUUCCACUUGGCUUUCAUGA